CCUCAUUUGCCUCAUCCUCAAAACCGCCGCUGCGUAACGGUGAGUUGCGUAUCCAUAGCCAUUGUCGGCGGUGAUGAUAAACCUCCGUAUGCGACCGGUCGGAUACGUAAUUGCAUUGUUAUUAUCGCGUGUAAAUGUUCGUUAUUUCCACGUUUUCAUAUCAUUCCAGUUGUGUUUUCGUGUAAUUUCCAAGUCAUGUUCUCAGUGCCACAAAGUUUCAUAAGUUUCUCGAAUCUUAGUUUUAGUUUGGUGACACUAAGGCAUUUUAUCGUCAAUAUGGUGUCCGAUAGCUGUAACUUUCAUGAUAGUAGGGUAAUUUGGGGCUUAUGGGUUUCCUCCCCCUUAAAAAGUCCUCCCUAGCAACCCGCAAUACACUAAUAAUUUCUCCCUUAGAAUGCAACCCUCAACACAGACAAACUUAACAAAAACUAUGACCCUCCUUUAAAAUACUAUUAUUUUCAAUUAUUAGACACAACCUUCCUCUUAUCGUACAAAGACAAACCUAAAAAAAAACCCAGAACCCUCCCCUUAAAAUAAUAUUUUUUCAAUGACAAAACACGACCUUCUCCUUACCACACACAGACAAACUUAAAAAAAUGACCCUCCCUUAAAUUAAUAUUCUUAUAAAUGUCAAAACACGAUCUUCCCCUUACUGUAUACAUACAAACCAAAUUAUGACCUUUUCCUUAUAAUACACCCCACAACACAUACAAACUUAACAAAACCCAUGAACCUCCCCUUAAAAUUAUAUUAUUUUCAUUGAUGAAACACGACAUUACCCUUACCCAACACAAACAAACCUAACUAUAACCCUCCUCCAUAAACAGUGUUUUCAAACCACACGCCACACAUGCAUUUCCUAAAUACACCUCAAAUAUUUAAGUAUUCAAGAAGAAUAUCGAAGAUUGUUUUAACUAUCAUAAAUUCCUCGAAUCUUCAAAGGAUGAAUUAAUAAAUUUACUUAAAUCGUUAUCAGUUAAUUCACCCAAUCAAAUAUAAUCUAAAACUGGGAGCUACUUAUAAAAUAUCACAUGUAGAUAACUCAUCAGAAAACAGAGCAUUCAAAACCAUAGCAAAAGAUAUUUUCACGGAUACAGAUAUAAGAAAUGUGAUCGAAAAAGAUUUUACAAGACUUCUUCAAAAAGAAAACGAAUAUAUUGGUAAAGGAAGUGGUUUCACACUCCAAUGCAUCGAUGGACUGCUUCUAGGUGUAUACAAAUAUAUACCUAUAGGUGGAUCGUCAUACAUAAAAUUACUUGACGAUAUCAGAAACAAAAAAGCAGUAAUUAGUCUACAAAAUACAGACCAACAAUGUUUUAAAUUGGUAAUACUGACUAAAAAUAUCGAUAAAUAUCGUAAUCAAACCAUGUUUAUAGAUGAAGAACAUUUUUCAGGUCUUAAAUUUCCAACACCUACUACAGAUAUAAAAAUAUUUGAGCGGAAUAACUUGAAUGUUUCAAUAAACAUGUAUGAUCUGAAACAAAAUAAGAAAAAUCACAUUAUUUACCCAUAAAGAGCUGUGGAUGAGGAAAAAUCAGAUCAUUUCGAUCUCUUACUGAUUACCGAUAGAGAUAAAAGUCACUAUACAUACAUUUUAAAUUUCUCACGCCUUGUUAGAGCACAAAAAACAUAUCAUAAAGAAAAAGUUCUUUUCUGUAAGAGAUGCUUCACAUCAUUUGAUAAUCAACCUCUUAAAAAUACACUAUGUGGACAAGCAGCACUAGAUCAACACAAUCUGAUAUGCGAAGUACACAAACCAAUUUUACCUCAGAUGCCUGCGCCCGGUACAAUGCUAGAGUUUGAUGGGUGGAGUAAGACUCAACGGCAUCUGAAAGUCAUUUCCGCAGACUUUGAAGCACUUAUAGUAAAAUGUAUGGAAAACAAAGGCAAGAAUACGUCGACUAUUCAAAAGCACAAACCAAUGAGCUAUGGAAUAUUUGUAAAGAUUACAGAAAACGUUCCCAUAGAUCUGCUAGAAAAAUUCAAUGUACUACAAAAACCAAUUAUUUUUUGUGGUAAUGAAUCACACCAAGACGUAGCCAAAAGUUUCAUGAAAGAAGUUACCGAGAUUGCAAAAAAAGUUGACAAUUUACUUAAAAAAAAUAAACCUAUAAUAAUGACUGAAAAAGAACAAAGAUCACAUGUAAUGAAAAUUACUUGCGAUUUAUGUAAGUGUAUUUUUUCCGAAAAAACCAUUAAUUAGUAGAUAACUGCCAUUUAUUAGGGAAAU